AUGUUGGGUGUUUUGCUCGAAGCCCGAUUAGAACAAGCCCAGAUCCUCAAGAAGGUCGUCGAAGCAAUCAAGGACUUGGUCCAAGAUUGCAAUUUCGAUUGCAAUGAUGCCGGAAUUCAGCUACAAGCAAUGGACAACUCUCACGUCGCGCUCGUUUCUAUGAAACUUGGAUCUGAGGGAUUCUCGCCCUAUCGAUGUGACCGCAAUAUCGCAUUAGGAAUCAAUCUCAACAGCUUGAUGAAGGUUCUUCGUGCCGCGGCCAAUGAAGAUCUUCUCACACUCAAGGCUGAGGAUCAACCUGAUAGCUUGAACCUGCUUUUCGAAAGCUCGUCACAGGAUCGACUUAGUGAGUACGAUAUCAAGCUAAUGGAUAUCGAUCAAGAGCACCUGGGUAUUCCCGAUACAGAAUAUGCUGCCACCAUCACUUUGCCAUCGGCCGAGUUCCAGAGGAUCUGUAGGGAUUUGUCUGCAUUGAGUGAGAGUGUUUCCAUUGAAGCCAACAAGGAUGGGGUCAAGUUCGCCUGCUCCGGAGACAUUGGCAAUGGAUCCGUCACUCUUCGCCCUCAUACGAACGUCGAAGAUGAGGAUAAAUCGACGAAAAUAGAGCUUACUGAGCCCGUCAACCUCACUUUCUCCCUGAAAUACCUUGUCAACUUCUGCAAGGCUUCGUCUCUCUCCGCUACUGUUAGGCUUUGCCUUAGCAACGAAGUACCGUUGCUAGUCGAGUACCAGAUGGGAGCAGGAUACCUGAGAUUCUAUUUGGCCCCAAAGAUCGGAGACGAAGAGUAA